GAUAUCUAUUACUUCCUUCUCCUCGUACAAAUCGUUGGUUCCCCACUAUAGUUUCCUGUGCAAUAUAUUAUUGUGUCCACAAUUUGAUACGACAUACGUUAGUCAAUGAUUGGGGCUAUUGCAUUGCGUCGCAUGUAUGUUUACGUUUUCAGGAAAUCAAAUAUUUUCAGCAAACUGCAGCAUUUAACAUCAUGUGGCUUGUGACAAACCUUAUCCUCACGUGGCUCUUGCAACUCCAAUUUGUCAUAGCGACAGACAGUAUUGAAACGAAUAAUGUUAAUACAUGUGACCUACCAAAGAGUUUAGUGCAAGAACUAGAGUCAUACAAACCAUUUGUUCAGGCUAUAAUAAACGAAACUACAUUGGGAUCUUUCAAAGGGACCACGUGGAAAGAAUUAGCUUACUUUGUCGAUAAGUUUGGCCCUAGAUUAAGUGGUUCUGCAGCACUGGAACGUUCCAUUGACUAUGUCCUAAAUAAGUCAACAGAGUUUGGAUUGGAAAACGUCCAUGGUGAACCUGUUUCUGUACCACAUUGGAUUAGAUUUAAAGAAUCAGCGACCCUUCUAAGACCAAGACGUAAAAAUAUUGCUCUUUUGGGAUUAGGUACCAGUGUCGAUACUCCGCCUAAUGGAAUAACCGCAAAAGUUAUUGUUGUGAAUGAUUUUAAGGAACUUGAUGACAGAAGACAUGAAGUGCCUGGAAAGAUUGUUGUAUUUAAUGAAAAAUUUAUUUCAUAUGGUGAAACGGUAAAAUAUAGAGGUAAUGGAGCAACAGAGGCAUCGAAAUACGGGGCUGUUGCUGCUUUAAUCAGAUCGGUUACACCAUAUUCGUUGUAUACACCACACACUGGUAUGCAAAGAUAUGGAGUAAAUGUAACUAAAAUUCCGGUAGCUUGUAUUACAGCUGAAGAUGCAAGCUUGUUGAGAAGAAUGUCAGAUAGAGAUGAAAUCAUAGUGGUCAAUUUAAAGAUGCAAGCGAAAAAUUUGCCAGAUACAAUAUCGCGAAAUGCAAUAGCUGAGAUAAAAGGAUCUACGAUGCCAGAGAAAGUAGUGAUUAUAUCUGGCCACAUUGAUAGCUGGGACGUUGGUCAAGGAGCAAUGGAUGACGGAGGUGGCGCAUUUAUUUCAUGGCAAGCUCUAAAAUUAUUGAAACACCUUAACUUUAAACCACGUCGAACAGUAAGAAUGAUCUUUUGGACAGCCGAAGAAUUUGGAUAUGUAGGAGCAAAGUAUUAUAUCAAGUCUCACAAAUCUGAGGAGAAAAAUUUGCAAUUUGUAAUGGAAUCAGAUGCGGGCACAUUUAUGCCUUUAGGUCUGCAGAUUACUGGAACGGAAAAAGUUCAAUGCAUCGUAGAAUCAAUUAUGAAGCUCUUGUCUUCAAUGGGAGAGUUGAACGUAAGUCAACCAAGCGAGGGACCUGAUAUUUCUGCUUGGAUAGAUGCAGGUGUACCAGGAGGAUCUCUUUGGAAUCAAAACGAAAAAUAUUUUAAUUAUCAUCAUACGAAUGCAGAUACUAUGUUAGUUGAAGAUCCAAUAGCUCUGGACAGGGGAACAGCUCUGUUUGCAGCAGCAGCAUAUGUGCUUGCAGACCUUAGUAGUGAUCUGCCACGACACAAAUGACUUAUUUAAUCAUAAAUAUUAUUAAU